AUGCCCUCCAUGCCACGGCAGACCAUAUUCUUGACCCCCUCCAACUACAAGAAAACUUCAAUCAUUCCAAUUGGGACCGCUCGUUCUGGUCUCUGUAGCAUCUACUUCUCACCCGACGGACACUACCUAGCUGGUGCUACAGGCCGCAAGAUCAUCGUCUGGCAAUUACAAUCCGACAGAGGCGUCAAUGACAAUUGCAAAGAAAGAUGGACUCGUCACGUCGUUUAUUCCCUCGAACCUCAUGAUACCUCCAUCAUCACUUGUAUGGUGUGGGCAUUGGAUCAUAGCAUUGUUAUCGGCACGAGCACAGGCAACCUAUAUUUUAUUCAGCUGAGCUCAUCCGGGACGACGUUGGAGGGGUUUCAAGUCUCGAAUCACCCCAUUAAGUUCAUCGCUCUCAACAGCAACUCACAGCUCAUGGCAGUUGUCGCCGGCAAGCGCGAGGUCGGCAUUUGGGAAUUCUCGGCGACCAAAGAUUCUUGGCAAGGGUGCAUCUAUCUCCGCUCUCCUGAAGACUCUGUUGGCGCAAGCCGAGAGGUACUCGUCACUUCUGUGUCCUGGUGCAACUCGGAAGUUCCACUUCUCGUCGUUUCCUAUUUCCACCACGGCGUCUUGACGUGGAACCUCGCAGAUCUAGGCGUCGUUUCAAUUGUCAAGACCGAUGUCAUUGCCACUCUCUCCCCGGAUGGGCAAAUGAUGUCGAUCCCGAACGCAAAAGGGACUUUCGACUUGUACGAUCUGGAGCUGAAGGAGAAAGUGGCGACAUUGUAUGAUCCCGAUGAACCUGUGUCCCGUAACAGCAAGCCAGAGGCUCGCCCUGGAAGGUUCAUGUACGGCGGGUCCUGGUUCAUUGGCGGCAAUGGCACGAGCCUCAGAUUAUGGGAUGUAUCGAGCCAUCUCCCUGCUCAGCGACUUUGCUUAGUUGAAUCCAGGUGA